AUGCCUAGCUUUGCAGAAUUGCGGGAAAGGGCCGCCAAAGCUGCAGAUGCGGGAAGACACAAAUUCAACGACACCGUUGACAGGAAUACCAGCGUUCCUAUGAAGAGCACGAACUGGGAUCCUUAUUCCAAGAAAGCUCCGCCACCACCGCCGCCAUCUAGAUCUGCGGCAGCAAACGACCAAGGACGACCGUCAUCGAGCACCCCUCCUCCUCCCCGAGUGAAUAUAGCGAAUCGCCCCACAGGGCUUCAUCCAGUGGGAAGUGAUGAGAUUGAUUGGGCCAACUUAUCGCCCGAUGACAAGGAGGCUUUCUUCAGCUGGCUUGAUGAGUAUUUUGAGCGAUUAUUCAAGGUCGGGAUACAGCCCCAGAACCCGGGGGUUCGCUUGCCGCCCGUUCAUCAGCCUCGAGCAGCCACUUCGCCCGCUUCUACGGUUAAAUCAGGCGUAGGGCCUCCUCCCAAAGUCGCAACGUGGUCGCGUCCAAAUACCACACCCACCUCGAAUAACUCGCCAUCAGACUUCCCACUUUCUCAUCCUCCGCCUACAGUCCAUGGCUCUUCGGCACUUGACCUUGCCUAUUUCUUUCACCCAUCAGCACAUUGGUCCUCCCCUUGGUACGAUGCCGAUAAUAUCCUCCCUCCGCCACUACACGGCAACAGCGACCACCGGUUCGCGGGCUCCUGGCAAUCUCGGAACGCCGACAAGCAAGUCUUUGUUGGCCUAUUGUUCGCAGAUCUUAGCUUGUGCUGGGGCGUCGUCGACUACUCCACCAAAAUCCAUGCGGACCCGAAUGAUACCCUCCUGGUUCGUCGACAAGCUCAAUACCUCCCGCGACCCAAAGCACUGGAACGAGAACCUUUGGUGCGGGCUCACGAAACAUACGGCGAGACUAUUGCGGCGUUUGCCGAAUCUUUCGUUGGAACGGGGCAAUACUGCUCGCGAGGAGAAUGCUGGGAUCUCGCCAGUGAAGCGCUCAAAUACUUUGAUCAGUUCGAUUACGUUCCGAAACCUGUACCGAGCAUCAGUCGUACACAUGGCCAUCUAAUAUUCGAAGGCAAAGCAAAUGGGGUACACAAAACCGUGGGUCGAUGGCGAGGCGGCGAUGAUCGUGUGCGUAGAGGAGAUAUCGUGGAAUGGCGGAAGGUUAAGAUCGGACUUGUUGGCGGCGCACCCGGAAGCUGGGCUAUCCUCGGUGAUCCUGAUCAUACUGCUGUUAUUGUACGUGAUUCCACAAUAGCAGGUGGACGAACGGUGCGCGAUGGUGAUUCGGUCAAGCCAGGCGACUUGGGGAGUUUAGAGGUCGUCGAGCAGAGUGUCGGGAGUCCCCCCGAUAGAAAGGAGUACGACCUGAACGCGUUUGAAGAAGGAGAGAUGUGGAUUUACCGGCCGAUCGGUAUGAAGGACUAUAUGGGAUGUGAACUGGCGGCCAAGGCCCCGGAAGAUGUAGCAACUAUGAGCAUUUGA